GCCAUUGUUAUGAACGUUCUCAAGCCGCCCUCUAUCGGCGGCGCCAUAGUGGUGGUAAACGACAGGGACACAGAAACAGCUGAUUAGCUUGCUAGCUGUUAAGUGAUGUCUUACUAUGGUCGUGAAUUUGCCUAAAUUAUUAGAUAGUCGUAAUUCAGCUGCCUUUUUUUUUGCCCAACAUACGCCAUUUCGGGACGAUUUGUGUUUUGCCAUUUUAGGCCAAGCGGAACCAGAACGAGCUAACGUUACUGUAGCCAGCUCGUAAACAUUGGAGACAAAACAACACUAAAAAACCUGAUUUAACAUCGAGCUGAAUUAUGGAUCAAAAUUACACCUUGUAUCCUGUUAAACUGUACGUUUACGACCUGUCUAACGGAAUGGCUCGCCAGCUGAGCCCCCUCAUGCUAGGGAAACAGCUUGAUGGAAUAUGGCACACUGCUAUUGUUGUCCAUGGAGAGGAGUUCUUCUAUGGGGGAGAGGGCAUCGCAAACUGCCCACCUGGUGGGACGUCCCUGGGAGAACCCAACUCCAUAAUAGACCUGGGCAUCACAGAAGUGACUGAGGAAAUCUUUAUGGAGUACCUGUCUUCACUGGGAGAGUCCACAUACAGGGGGAACCAGUACCAUCUGUUUGAGUGGAACUGUAACACGUUCAGUAACGAAGUGGCCCAGUUCCUCACCGGCAGCAAGAUCCCUGCCCACAUCACAGACCUGCCGGCUGAAGUGCUGUCCACACCUUUCGGCCAGGCGCUACGCCCGCUUCUGGACUCCAUCAAUAUUGCACCUCAAGGGGGCAACACCUUCAAUGGACAUUAUGGCCAGAGAUAGACUGGUAACACAGGUGCACAGAGUAAUAUAUUAAACGAUCAGUCAGUCUGUGUGGGGGGGUGGGAGAUCUGCAGCUCUGGACCUUUGUAAGUUCCUUACUGAUGUGUCAGUCAGUCAGUCAGUGGGCCAGGCAGCAACCUAACCCAACCUGACCUCUUUAAUACCUUAAAGGCCCAGUGCAGUCAAAAAAGUGAUUUUCCUGUUUUUUUUAUAUAUAUCUUUCCACGCUAUGAGGUGUCAAUAAUACAAUGAAAUUGUGAAAUUUAUAAUGCCCCUUUAGUGUAGGAGCUGUUUGAAAAGACCGCUGGAAAUGUCAGCGUAUUUUGGUGGGAUGGCGUUUUGGCGUAUUGGUUAAUAGACCAAUAAGAAAGAGUUCCAAAACUCUGCCAAUAUCAGCACAUUUUCAGUUUUCCCCUACCCACUCAGACCACUCCCAGACAGUCCUAGCAAAAUUAUUUAUUGAGAAAUUCUCUUUGCUAAGAAAUUCUCUUUGCUAUUUUUUGACUCAUUUAAAAUAACCACACUAAGGUACUUAAUUGUUCCCCAGAAAUGAUUUGAUAUUGAGAUAAAAACAGCUGCAUCUGACCUUUUACCCCAGCCCAGCCUGACACUCCCCAGACUUAACAUGAUUCUACCUAACUUACCCCUUUUCCACUAUAAACUUGGCCUGCGACCUGUGUGUGUAUUUUAGUAUGUCCAUGGAUAUAAAGCUGGCAUUAGGCCGUAAGUAAUUAGGCCGUAAGUAAUUAAGAUAGAUAUUUCUUCUACUCUCCAUAGGAGCCCAUGGUCAGCUGAAUGUAAAACUAGGGAGCUGCAAGCUUUCUAUCUAGAGCCAGAGCUGCAGCUCUUUCCUGCACAGGGGUGGGUAGGGUGUCCUUUUACCUUCCUGUUAUAAGUAAUUAAGUAAGCUAUUUUGGUGUUUUCAUUGUUCUUUUUUAAUUACCAUGACAUGACUGCAUUGACACUCCAGAGAGGUAGAGAGAAGGGGUAGAGAAGAUGAAAAGAGAAACAAACCACGUUUGAGAUUUUAGCUGGAGACGUGAUAAAAACCAUACAAAUUCUGACUUGCACUUGUCUUGAUAUUGUGAACUUGCGUAUUCACUUAUCUUCGUAUCAACUUCCAACUGUCUGGUGUCAAGGUUUAUCCCGUGAAAACAUUGUUACACACAAGCACACACACACUCAAGAUCAUCAAGCUAUGACCUUGUGUGACCUGUACAGACGUGCUCAAAUUUGUUGGUACCCCUCCACAAAUGCACAAUUUUCUCUGAAAUAACUUAACUGACAAAAGUAAUUGGCAUCCACUGUUGCUUAUUCCAUAUUUAAUAGAAAUCAGACUUUGCUUUAGAUGUUUUAUUAAACAUAAUAUUGUAAGUAAUAAAACAAAUGAAAAUAGCAUGGACAAUAAUGAUGGGACCCAUAACCUAAUAUUUUGUUGCACAACCUUUAGAGGCAAUCACUGCAAUCAAAUGUUUUCUGUAGCUCUCAAUGAGACUUCUGCACCUGUUAGCAGGUAGUUUGACCCACUCUUCCUGAGCCAACUGCUCCAGCUGUCUCAGGUUUGAUGGGUGCCUUCUCCAGACUGUAAGUUUCAGCUCUUUCCAUAGUUGUUCGAUAGGAUUCCGAUCAGGACUCAUAGAAGAUCACUUCAGAAUAGUCCAAUGUUUUGUUCUUAUCCAUUCUUGGGUGCGUUUAGCUGUGUGUUUUGGGUCAUUAUCCUGUUGGAGGACCUAUGACCUGCGACUGAGACAGAGCUUUCUGACACUGGGCAGUACGUUUCGCUCCAGAAUGCCUUGAUAGUCUUGAUUCCAUUGUGCCCUGCACAGAUUCAAGGCACCCUGUGCCAGGCGCAGCAAAGCAGCCCCAAAACAUAACCGAGCCUCCUCCAUGUUUCACUGUAGGUAUGUUGUUAUUUUCUUUGAAAGCUUCAUGUUUUCGUCUGUGAACAUAGAGCUGAUGUGACUUGGCAAAAAGCUCCAGUUUUGGAGGACAUUCUCUCAGGAUUGUGGCUUGUCAUUAUGCAUUUUAGAAAAUUCCAGUCUGGCUUUUUUGUGUUUUUCUUUCAAAUGUGGAGUCCUCCUGGGUCUACUUCCAUGGAGCCCAUUUUCUCUCAAAAAGUGACGGAUGGUGCGAUCAGAAACUGACGUACCGUCACCUUGGAGUUCAGCUUGUAUCUCUUUGGCAGUUAUCCUUGGUUCUUUUUCUACCAUUGGCACUCUCCUUCUGUUCAAUCUGGGGUCGAUUUUCCUCUUGUGGCCGCGCCCAGUGAGGUUGGCUACAGAUCCAUGGACCUUAAACUUAAUAACAUUUGUGACUGUUGUCACAGGAACAUCAAGCUGCUUGGAUAUGGUCUUGUAGCCUUUAUCUUUACCAUGCUUGUCUAUUACUUUCUUUCUGAUCUCCUCAGACAAAUCUCUCCUUUGCUUUCUCUGGUCCAUGUUCAGUGUGGUGCACACCAUGAUACCAAACAGCCCAGUGACUACUUUUCUCCAUUUAAAUAGGCUGAAUGACUGCUUACAAGAUUGGAGACGUGUGAUACUAAUUAAAGAAACAAAUGACUUUGAAAUAUCACUAUAAUGAAAUUAUUUAUUCUAUUUUCUAAGGGGUACCAACAUGUGUCCAGGCCAUUUUAGAAUAUCGUUGUAGAAUAAGCAAUAAUUCAUAAUUCUUUUCACAGCUUCUUUGCUUUAUUCUAUGACAUACCAACGGCAUGCAAGUAUACCGCUUUUAAUUUACUCACUUUUCAUGAGGAAUGAAGCAUUAAUGAGCUGUAAGGGCACCAACACAUUUGAGCACGUCUGUAUGUAGGAUUUUACAGUAAUACACUGAACAACUGCAGUAAUACACUGAACAACUGCAUCUUUCCAGAAUUGGUAUACUUAUACCUUUCAAAUGAGCAGGAAUGCACCAUAUCUAGGCAUUUUCAAAGAUUGGAAUGUUGUUGAGUCUCUGUACUGUUUUCUUGCAAUCAGUGUGCAGCCUAAUGUUGUUCCAGCAUAGGAAAUCACUCUCCAUAUCGAGAGUUAUGCCAACCGCCAUUCACUUUUUUCCUGAUAUCAAGUGUCUGUGAUUUUGAUGCCAUUAUUUGUUUGUUUUGAUCUGUUUAUUUAUUGUAAGAUUAUAUACACAAGACUGUCUUUGUAAGUGACAUACUUUAAUUUAUUACCUAAUGUCAUUAUGAGCAUACAUAUCGUUAUUAUUAUUGUAUUAUCAAGAUUUAAUAUAUUCGGUAAUUCACAUUUGGUAUUAAGUCAAAGUUGUGAUACCCCCAAAAUGUCCAUCCUUACUCUGUCCACGAUUGUGAUGUAAAGAUCCUGUUUAUAUUUAACGAAACUCUUGCCUCUGCUUGAUAAAGACAACUUUUCUCUAAGUA